AACCAUCUCCGCUCAGUCUUUUAAGCUGACUGACUCUAGACCUCAUCGCCGCCUCGCUUUUUUCCCUUUACUGCAGGAUUUUUUUUCUUCUUCUUCUGAUUUGGACGCAAAACAGGGCGUCCAAACACAGUUCAUCAUUGAUAGAAGACGACUGAUCAGUUCCCUCUGACGACGGCUUUGGCCGGGUUGGACAUGAUGCCGGGACAGAUACCCGACCCUUCGCUGGCGGCAGGCUCCCUGCCCAGCCUCGGCCCGCUGGCGGGCAUCUCAGCCACCACCCUCACCGAUCAGCUGAAACUGGCCGACUUCCACCAGUUGGGCACCAUGCUGUCGCCGCUGCAUUUCCUGGGAAGGCUGGGGAAGAGGCCGCUGGCCAUCAAGACUGAGAUGGACGAAGACGAAGAAAGAAGGAAACGAAGACGAGAAAAAAACAAAGUAGCAGCAGCACGAUGCCGAAACAAAAAGAAGGAACGUACUGACUUCCUCCAAAGGGAAUCAGAGCGUCUGGAAAUGGUCAACUCUGAGCUGAAGUCUCAGAUCGAGGAGCUCCGUCUGGAGAGGCAGCAGCUGAUGGUGAUGCUCAACCGUCACAGGCCGACCUGCAUAGUGCGGACCGACAGCGUGAAAACCCCAGAGAGCGAGGCCAACCCGCUGCUGGAGCAGCUGUCCACCGAAACCAAGUGAAGACGGGGGGGGAACGGAGGGCUCAGAGGGCCCUGAAAGCUGAGCUUGGACUGCCGAGGCAGACGUCUGAACAGACACAGGACUGGCAACAAUAUUCUGAACGAGCACAUGAGCUGUAGCCAUACUGCUACAUGGAGUCGGCUCUUUCCAUUGGGAGACUGGAAAACACACACAGUGCCUGCCACGUUGCUACAUCAUCCAUCUUUCCUCAGAGGGACCAAUGGCUGCAAAAGAUAUGGUUGGAGAAAGAUGCGAGGAUUCACACUAACAGCAACAUGGUGCUCUGUUACCAAAGCCCUGGGUAGAGAGAGGAGGUGCACAAGGACUUAGCAGUUCUACGGUCUUCCUACAUAUCCCAGUCAUAUAACCCAGGUGUUGAACUUUUAGGUUUCAAAACCCAGUUCAGAUACACCAGUGGGAGUACAGUUGUUCAAUGUUUUUUUUAUUUAGCGUUCUCUAUCCUGCCUCGAGGAUGGCAGGUACCGGUUGAUCCGAUUCGUGGUGGCGCUGGCGUCAUGGAAAGCACAUAUUCACACAAUGUUUACACUUAUUUUUUAGACUCGUGUUUUCAUUAUUGUACUUGUUUUAUACGGCUUUGUAUACAGAUAUGAAAUGCUUGUUAAUCACUUGAUGUGAUUUUUGUCUUUUUUUUCCCCCUAUCUGCCGCGUCAUGCUGACGGACAGCUGCGAAAAGAAGCAGCCGAGCGUCCGCUCUGCAUCUGUAUCUAUGUACGAAACUGCAUAUCCUGAAUAGAUUAAAGUUUAUUUUCUAACUAAAAAGGAAAA